UAGCGACCCGGGCUGACACAAAGCCAACCCCCUCCCGUGCUAGUAGGCAACCAGCAACCAAACUACUCCCGCAGAUCAAUCCUUGGGCGAGAAGAAAGGAAGAAACAUCAAUGGCGGCCGCUGGUUCCUCCGCCGCGUGGAAGAGAUGGCUCCGCCCUGAGGUGUACCCGAUCUUCGCGGCGACCGGCGUGGCCGUCUCCAUCUGCGCCAUGCAGCUCAUCCGCAACAUCACCACCAACCCGGAAGUCAGGGUGACCAAGGAGAACAGGGCGGCGGGGAUCCAGGAGAACUUCGACGAGGGGAAGCGCUACUCGCAGCACGGCUUCAGGAAGUUCAUCGACCGCCAGCGCCCCGAGAUCAUGCCGGCCAUCAACAACUUCUUCUCCGACCCUCCCAAGUAUUAGUUCAGUUCAGUUCAGGCAGGCCGCGAAUACCGCUCUGAUGCACUGUUCGUUUCUUCCGAAGAUUGCGCCCGGAUUUUAGAUGCUACCCAUGUUGUUAGUCAUAAUUCGAAUCAUUUACAUGCAUGGCCAUGGAUUGAUUGCCUGCCCGGUACGCUUAAGAAUCAUAUAAUUCGAUUCAUUGCCAGGCAAUGUUAAUAUUUGAUCAUGUUUACGAGUA